GACGAAACAGAGGGAUCUGAUUGGCUCACAGGUAUUUUCCUUCAGAGGCGGUCGCUGCAGCUAAGCCGAAACGAUUCUAAGUGACCGACUGUUUAUUACAUAUGUUAACUCGUUAGGAUAGACAAAAACAAAUCGGAUUUCAUUGUUAUCAUACAAUUUGAAGAGAACUCCUGGUCAAGACUGUAUAUUCUACGAGACAGACUUUCUGCACUGGUUUUGAAGCGUAUUUUGGGUCUAUUUGUUUGAGACUCUUCCCACCUAUUCCAUAAGUGUGGUGUCCAGCCACUGAGUAUGUCAGUGGCUCUUCUCAUGCGAUAUGCCACGCUCAGAGGGUCCCGUGUCUGCAGCAGGGCUGCCCUCAGCCUGACCAAUGCCCAUCAGGAAGACCCGAGACGUGCUCUACACACUCCAUCAUCUCCUCGAUGCAGUAACUCCCGCUUUGAUCCAGACAGCAGUGGCCGUCCGACUACCUGGGACUCCUUUGGGAUCUGGGACAACCGCAUCGAUGAGCCCAUCAUGCUUCCGUCAAGUAUCCGCUAUGGUAAACUUAUUCCCAAAGUUAGCCUGACCAAGGUGGGCUGCGCCUCACUAAUUGGUCAGCGGAAGGAGAACGAAGACCGCUAUCAACUAUCACAGAUGACGGACAACAUAAUGUACUUUGCAGUUUUUGAUGGGCACGGGGGUGCAGAGGCUGCUGAUUUCUGCCACAAGAACAUGGAGAAGCAUAUUAAAGACAUUGCAGAGGAGGAGAAUAACUUGGAGUUAGUUUUAACCAAGGCAUUUCUUGAGGUGGACAAAGCGUUAGCAAGGCAUCUUCACUUCAGUGCAGAUGCCUCUCUGUUGAGUGCAGGGACCACAGCCACGGUGGCUCUGCUGAGAGAUGGGAUCGAGCUGGUGGUGGGCAGUGUGGGGGACAGCCGUGCCAUGCUGUGCCGCAAAGGCAAGGCCGUCAAACUCACUGUGGAUCACACGCCUGAGAGAAAGGAUGAAAAAGAGAGGAUACGCAAGACUGGGGGUUUUAUUACGUGGAAUAGUUUGGGUCAGCCUCAUGUCAACGGCAGACUGGCCAUGACACGCAGCAUUGGAGAUUUCGACCUCAAAACGUCAGGUGUCAUCGCAGAACCAGAGACUAAGAGAGUUUCAUUGCAUCAUGUCCAUGAUGCCUUCCUGGCACUCACUACUGAUGGCAUCAACUUCAUCAUGAACAGUCAGGAGAUCUGUGACGUCAUUAACCAAUGUAACGACCCUAAAGAGGCCGCACAACGCAUAUCUGAGCAGGCUCUUCAGUAUGGAUCUGAAGACAACAGCACUAUCAUCGUGGUGCCGUUCGGUGCCUGGGGUAAACACAAAAGCUCUGAUGUGAGCUUCUCCUUCAGUCGCAGUUUCGUCUCCAGUGGCCGCUGGGCCUAAGCAAAAAUAAUAAGAUAUUGAUGGUAUAAGUGAUGCACAAAAGUGACUCACUAAUAUAAACUGACCAAUGUGCAAUAUUCUCUUUGUCCAUCCUGUGAGGAUCACCUCAAAAAAAGACCAUUACAGCCAGAACCUACAUUUAAUGUGGUUUUGGAGUUGAUUUUCACUCAUCACAAUGAUACUGAGCUAUUUUACCUAGAGAAGCAAAUUAAUGUCUAAGACGUUUGUGUUAAAGAUCUCCUAAACUUCAAGGUUUUCCUUGUCUUGAAAUCUUUCUCAUAUUUAUCUCCUGACCUGUGGUGCUAACCAACAAUUUGGUUACCUCAGUUCUGGUUUUCACUUUUGCAUAUAUAAUACUUUAGAAUACUUUUCCUUGCCAUAGUGGAAUCAACAUUUUAUUUUCACAAACGGAAAUUUAAGCACUUUCAGAUUUUGGGAGAUUCCAUUUGUUUUUGUAACCCUCAUGACUCGCGUCUUUGUUGUGUUGAGGGACACGCAGAAGCACAUUUCAGUGGUCUAUAGUCUUUGUCUGAUGGCUAUGCACGUUCAUAAGCCCAUAUUCACAGAGUUAGACCACUGUAUAUACUGUGUAUACUGAAGUAUGAACUCCUAUUCCUUGUGCAAGCACACAUUUCUAUAAUUCGAUUCAUUCAUACAGUUUUCCAGUUUAACAACCAGCAAUUUUAAAGCUACACUAAGAAAUAUUUCUACCAAAGGGAAUCUGCAACCCAGCUAGAGGACCAUUGUGUGAACAAAUUGAUUUUUCUGUGCCUUCUCCAUAAACGUCUGUUCGUAUUUCACAUGCUUGAGUCAUUCUGGUAAGGAACUCAACUUUAGGUUCAUAUCUAAAGUUUUAAACUGUGACUUGUGCUUAUUUAGUGUUACCAGACAAACUAUUUUUGUUCAGAUUGUAUGGUUUUCCGUACAAUGCAUAGAUCAAAGUGCAGUUUUAUGUUAUUUAUAUAAUGUAUAUGAUGGACAGUUAACUUUAUGGUAUAUGCGUUUGUAUAGAUGUUAUAUUUAAAUACAUCUUUUCUUCUAAAGUCUCCUAGUUACAGGAGAGAAGUGAACGUCAUUCAUUCAUUCAUCCAUUGACAUGAUCGUUGUAAUGGCAGACAUUCUGCUGUAACUUUAAAACCUCCAGCUUUUAAAACCUCCAGUGAGUUUUAUUUGUAGAGCCAAACACACGUGACCUCAGCAAGUCGGCAUCUCGGUUCAUAUUCUAGUGCUGUUUCUUCAUGUAUUGAUUUCUGCAUUAACAUUUCAUUCAUUCUCAUUCAGCAUUUCCUCUCAUUUUAGACUUUUAACAGCCUUUUUUAUGUCUUCCUCUUCCAAAGCAUAUCCAGUAUAUGAUGGGUGUCCUUUUUCUGUUCAUAUGUACUGUUCUUCAGUUAUUAUGUUUCUGUCAGAAUGUAUUACAUUCAGUGUUAACAAAACUGUGCAUGGAUCUUACCUAGAACAAUCUGUAAAACAACUAGAAGUGUUUCCUGCUCUAUAUAUGGACCUAUCUUUGCUAUUAUUGAUAUGCUGUUUAUUGUAAAAUACAGUGCAGCUGUGAAUAAAGUUUUUACCAGAAACAUC